UCAAAAUCCUUUGGUUUUUUACAUGCAUUGUGACAUGACCCCUUUCUACUUUCUCUCCUUACUUCUUAUUGCAUUGGCCAGUACUACCACAGAUGCUGCAGACAGCAGCCAUAACUGCUCAACUAGUUUGGCCCCAAACUCCACUGCCACCUCCUUCAAAUCCUAUCUCAACCAACUCCUCUCCAACCUUUCCUCCAACGCCAACCGUGACGCCACCGGCUUUUACAACGCCACCACCGUGGGCCCAGCCUACGGCCUCUUUCUCUGCCGCCGGGACGUCUCGGCCAAUGCUUGCAAAGAAUGCGUGGUAAACGCAACCUCGCAGGCACUCCUACUCUGCCCGGACAGCCAAGAGGCGCUGAUAUCGUAUGACAAUUGCACGCUAAGCUACUCAAACAAGCCCUUCUCAUCCUGGGCGGCUGCCACCUCGCCUGUCCUUGUAAUUUGGAGUGAGGGGAACGUGUCCCAAUACGUGCAGCAACUAGCUCAGCUCAACGGGGUAUUGGCGGCUACUUUGGGAAGCUUAGUCCCCAAGGCUGCCAAUGCAAUUGACAGGUUUGCCACGGAAGAAGUGCAUUUUACGGCGGUAAACAAGCUUUAUUUUACCGUGUACAGCCUUGCGCAGUGCAGGCCGGACUUGUCCGCUGCCGAUUGUAAUGCGUGCCUUGAAGAAGGGAAAAAGUGGUUAGCGCCCAGUUGCUGUGAUGCAAAGCAAGGGGGACGAGUUCUAUAUGACAGUUGUAAUAUGAGGUUUGAAAUGCGGCCCUUCUACCAAGAAUCCAGCCCUAGUCCGUCGCAGCCUUCGCCACCAACCUUGCCGACAAACAAAUCUGGAAGAAGCAAACCCUCCUCGACGAUAAUCAUCGUCAGUACUCUUGGCUCUUUUGCUUUUUGUGUUUUAGUUGUGUUUGUUACCGGAUGCUUCUUCCGCAAGAGACUCAGAGCAGUCAAAGAUAGAUACCACUCCAAACGACGAAAGAAGAAAGUUGGUAAUGACAUGAAGACUGUCGAGUCAUUGCAAUUUAGAUUGGGAACCAUUGAAACUGCCACGAACAAGUUUUCAGAUGAUAACAAACUAGGUGAAGGAGGAUUUGGUGCAGUUUUCAAGGGAACACUUGGUGAUGGACAUGAAAUAGCAGUAAAACGGCUAUCGAAAAGCUCCACACAAGGUGUUCAAGAAUUUCAAAAUGAGGUUGUAUUGGUAGCCAAACUUCAACACAGAAAUCUUGUAAGACUUCUUGGAUUUUGCUUGGAAGGAGAAGAAACCUUACUCGUCUAUGAAUAUGUACCAAACAAAAGUCUUGAUCAUUUUCUAUUUGAACCUAGAAAACGAGAGCAGCUGGAUUGGUCAAGACGUUGCAUGAUAAUAGGAGGAAUCGCUCGAGGAAUUUUAUACCUUCAUGAAGAUUCUAGGCUUAGAGUUAUACAUCGUGAUUUAAAAGCUAGCAACAUCUUGUUAGACGGCGAAAUGAAUCCAAAAAUAUCUGAUUUUGGGAUGGCUAAAAUGUUUGGAGUUGAUGGUCAAACUCAAGGAAAUACCAAAAGACCUGUUGGAACUCUUGGUUAUAUGGCUCCAGAAUAUGCACUAGAAGGUUUAUAUUCGGUAAAAUCAGACGUCUUUAGCUUCGGUGUACUCCUGCUUGAGAUCACCACGGGGCGAAAGAAUUUUUUAGGUUUUGACUGCCCUCUUCCUACACUUAUAGCACGUGUUUGGCAAUUAUGGAAUGAAGGAAAAGGGUUGGAUUUGAUGGAUCCAAUUUUGUCGAAAGAUUCAUGUCGGCCAGAUGAAUUUUUGAGAUACAUCCACAUUGGACUACUGUGUGUUCAAGAGGAUGCAAACAGGAGGCCGACCAUGUCAUCAAUCGUUUUAAUGUUGAAAACUGAAACUAUUAGUCUUUCCAAACCUGAGCGACCUGCAUUUUUUACAGGAAGAUCUGGAAAUAAUCAGGAUCAAAUAGCUGCUAAUAGUUGCACCAUCAAUAGUUUAACAAUUUCUGAUGAUCUCCCCCGUUAAUAUAAAAUUUAAAUUAUAUGCUUGUACAGUCAACCUUUAUAUACUUCUCAUUCAAGUAACAUUUUUUGUGAGAUUGAGAAUGAAUUAUUAAGUUAGACAAUUAAGCUGUUGAACAUUUUUAUAUAUGUAUUGUUAGAGUAAAAUUGGUAAUUCUUAACAAAAUGUUUGAGUUUG